GAGCCGAGUCGGGGAAUCCUGCUCCCGGCGAGCGCAGGGCCCAGCAGAACCGCCCAGCCGUCCGAGGGCUCCCGCGUCGGGGGCGGCGGGGAACCCCAGACACCGCUGGGCCGGGAGGGAGCCCCGCGCCAAGCGAGCCGCCUUCACUGCCUCCGCGCCGCCCCCGCGGGCUGAGGGGGGCCCGACGCGUCUUCACUCCGCCCGCCGCCAGUCCCCGCAGUCCCGCCGUCCGCUCGCCGGCUCGUCUCCCGCGCGCCAUGCAGCCACCGCCUGCCCUGCGCGCGUAGGCGCCCGCCACAGGCCAUGCUGCCCCUGCUCGCCGCGCUGCUGGCCGCCGCCUGCCCGCUGCCGCCCGCCCGCGGCGGAGCCGCGGACGCGCCGGGCCUCCUCGGGGCGCCCCUCAACGCCUCGGUCAACGAGUCGUCUGUGGACGAGCCUGCCGCCCCGCGGCUGCUGGCCUCGGCUGCGCCCGGGGCCCCCGAGCGCCCCGGCCCGGAGGAGGAGGCGGCGGCGCCGUGCAACAUCAGCGUGCAGCGACAGAUGCUGAGCUCGCUGCUCGUGCGCUGGGGCCGCCCGCGGGGCUUCCAGUGCGACCUGCUCCUCUUCUCCACCAACGCGCAUGGCCGCGCCUUCUUCGCCGCCGCCUUCCACCGAGUCGGGCCGCCGCUACUUAUCGAGCACCUAGGGCUGGCGGCGGGCGGCGCGCAGCAGGACCUGCGCCUCUGCGUGGGCUGCGGCUGGGUGCGCGGCCGCCGCCCCGGCCGCCUCCGGCCCGCCGGCGCCACCGCCGGGACGCCCACCGCGCUGCCCGCCUACCCCGCGGCCGAGCCCCCCGGGCCGCUGUGGCUGCAGGGAGAGCCGCUGCAUUUCUGCUGCCUGGACUUCAGCCUGGAGGAGCUGCAGGGCGAGCCGGGCUGGCGGCUGAACCGCAAGCCCAUCGAGUCCACGCUGGUGGCCUGCUUCAUGACCCUGGUCAUCGUCGUGUGGAGCGUGGCCGCCCUCAUCUGGCCGGUGCCCAUCAUCGCCGGCUUCCUGCCCAACGGCAUGGAGCAGCGCCGGACCACCGCCAGCGCCGCCGCCGCCGCCCCCGCCGCCGUACCCGCUGGGACCACCGCCGCCGCCGCUGCAGCCGCCGCCGCCGCCGCCGCCGCCGCGGCCGUCACCUCGGGGGCGGCGACCAAGUGACCCGCCCCACUCCUCCCCUUGUCCUCCCUAUGUCCGCGCUCUCGGUGCCUUUCCCGCCGGGAGACUCGGCCGGUGUGCUUCGUGCAGUAGUGACCGUUAGUUCUUCCGGGGAGGGGUCCGCGGAAGAGGCCCCAGCGUGUGGGAAAAGCCAGGUUUGUGCCGCGCUUCUGGCUCCCAAAAGCAGAUGCAAGCCCUUGCUCUGCAGGGUGAGAUCCGCAGCUUGGAAGAUGGAGAGAGGGAAAUGGGGCCCUUUCCCCUCUUUGCGUCCCCCUGCCCUCCUUCCUCCCCGCACCCACGUGCCCUAUAUUCAUGGCAGAAAAUGACCAAAUCCUGUGUAUUUGUUUUAUAUAUUUAAUAACUGUUUUAAAUGAAAGUUUUAGUAAAAAAAAUCAAAUUGCUAUUGCAGUAGUAAGGGAAGCUCUUUGUAUCUGAACAUAGUAUUUGAAGUUUGUUGUUUUUUAAUUUAUUUAAAAGGGGGAGGAGGCAUGGGAAUGAUUUAACACUGAUAUAUUGUUACCGCUGAAAAUGAACUUUAUUAACCUUUUUCCAAGUCGAUCUAUCCAGUGACGUGGUCAGAUGGGCGUUUCUUCUUGUACUUCUGUGUUUUUUUGGCUUUUAAUACAGACAUUUUCCUCCA